CUUGUUGAUUCUGAAGAACUAAUUCUUAUUGAUCUCUCACAACUUUCUACUAUUUCCAAAUUCUUAUUGAUUUUUCUACUGAAUUUAUGCUACAAAGUAAAGAAGAUAAAAAAGUAAAAACAGAAAUCGAGAGGCAUACAUAGACUCUUGGUCUUCCCUAAGCUAUCUUUAAUCAUAUCGUUAUAUGCGACUCACCCUCUAUUGGAAGGUGAGUGUACUGGUCUCUUCAACUUCCUGUCCGCCUUCUAUUUUAACCUGAUCAUUCACCCCCUCCCCCACAAACCAUGGAAUUUGAAUAGGGAAUGCCAGAAAAUCGAUGAUACUACUCCACUGAAGAAAUAGAGCUAGUGUAAGAAAUGGAGAAGACUAACGUGAGCAACAAGAAAGAAGUUACAGACAAAAAAGCCUUCCUCGAUCUGGUUUUCUCUUGGUCUCUCAGCGAUGUUCUCAACAACAAACUUUACAAAAAUCAGGUGCCUAGGAUUCCUGAGACCUUCUUGAAUGUGACGAGUUAUUUGAAAUCAUUUGUUCCUUCACUCAUCGAGGAAACACAUGCUGAUUUACUCUCAAAUAUGAUCACGGAACUGUCGCAUGCACCUACUUGUGAAAUAUUGACUCUUGAAUGUUCAAAAGGUCAUAAAAAUCCCCAAAAUUUGGUCUAUGAUAUUGCAUAUAAGAUAGAUACAGAAGCGGAUCAGAAGCACAAUGGAUUAAUGUACGAGCCACAGGUUGGAGAUCUCAUUGCCUUGACGGAUGUUAAACCGAAAUGUAUUGAUGAUUUGAACAGGUUCCCAAGACACUAUGUUGCUGCUUAUGUUAGUAAAGUACCUGAUCCGGAAGAAUUUCCUGAUGCUCAUGGGUUCACAAUACUCUCAUCCAAGCCUAUCGAUUAUGGAGAACAAGACGGACAAAAGAGCAAGAGACAAAAACAUUUUGCAGUUUAUCUCAUGAACAUGACAACAAAUAUUCGCGUGUGGUGUGCUUUGAACUCAAAAGAGGGAAACACAAAUAUUAUUAAGAAAGUUCUGCAACCCAAUUCAUAUGUUGUGAGUUCUUGUACUACUUGCUCUCCCAUACAAAGGUGCUCUCCGGCCCUUUCUACCAUUUGGCCCACUAUUUCCUCUCACAAUCUAAAUGACUCCCAAGAAGCUGCAGUUUUAAACUUUAUUGGUUUGAGUAAAUGCCAUCAUCAGAAUGAUGUCAAAUUAAUUUGGGGUCCUCCAGGUACUGGGAAGACAAAGACAGUCAGUCUGUCUCUCUUUGCCCUCUUUAUGCUCAAGUGCAGAACACUAACAUGUGCUCCUACCAAUAUUGCGGUGUUAGAAGUUGCAGCCAGGCUCAGGAGUUUGUUUAAUCGGUCACUUGAGUUUGGAAAGUACGGACUUGGAGAUAUAGUUCUCUUUGGGAACAAGAAGCGAAUGAAGGUUGAUGAUAAGGCUGACCUUCUUGAGGUAUUUCUUGAUCAUCGUAUUAAAAUCCUGAUCAAGUGUUUGGCGCCCUUGUCAGGAUGGAAGCAUCUGUUAAGAUCAAUGAUACGUCUACUUGAGGAACCAGAAGAAGAGUACUCUUUGUAUUUGCAAAAGAAAGCAGAAGAACACAAAGAGAGUGCUCAAGUAAAUGAGAAGAAAAACAUGAAUAGAGCAGAAAAACACAAAGAGAGUGCUCAAGGAAAUCAGAAGAAAAACACGAAGAGAGCAGAAAAACACAAAGAGAGUGCUCAAGGAAAUCAGAAGAAAAACAUGAAGAGAGCAGAAAAACACAAAGAGAGUGCUCAAGGAAAUGGGAAGGGUACUAAAGGAAACACCGAAAGUGUAAAAGAGGAUGAUCCAUUGACGUUUGAGGAGUUUGUGAAGAAAGAAUUUGAUUCAAUUUUUGAGCCACUGAAGAUUUGUUUGGUAAAUUUGCACACUCACUUACCAACUUCUUGCAUUUCACUGAAGGUGGUGAAGGACAUGGUUGAAGCUUUGGGUUUGCUCAAGUCCUUUAAAUCUUCCAUGCAUAGUAUCAGUGUUGCUAAGGAAGGUUUAAAUUUAGUCCUAAAAGAUUUCAAAGUUUCAGGAAGCAUUGCCUGUUGCUUUACACAGUUGGGAAAAAAGUGUGUUUGUAAACUGAAGCUGCUUCCUCAGGAAUUCAGUGUCCCAGAAAUUAUUAGCCCUCCUUCAAUAAGAAGUUUCUGCUUGCAAAAUGCUUGCUUAAUAUUUUGUACUGCAUCUUCUUCUGCCAAAUUGCACAACGCAUCAGCGAAGAGACCACUGGAAUUGUUAGUCGUUGAUGAAGCUGCUCAGCUUAAAGAAUGUGAGUCCGCAAUUCCUUUACAACUGCCUGGUCUCCGCCAUGCUAUUCUAAUAGGAGAUGAGCGGCAACUCCCUGCUAUGGUUAUAAGCGAGAAAGCGGCAGCGGCUGAGUUUGGAAGAAGUUUGUUCGAAAGGAUGACAAUGUUGGGAUACGGGAAGCAUCUUCUCAAUAUCCAAUAUAGGAUGCAUCCAUCCAUCAGCUUAUUUCCGAAAAUGGAGUUUUAUAACAAUCAGUUAUUAGAUGGUCCGAAUGUCACUGAAAGAAGCUAUGAGAGGCGCUUCCUUGAGGGAAAGAUGUACCAAUCCUACUCCUUCAUAAAUGUAGCCAAUGGAAAAGAUGAAUUUGAUCAUGGUCAUAGUCGGAAAAAUAUGUUGGAGGUUGCUGUGGUCUCUGAGAUAGUUGCAAGACUUUACAAAGAAUUCAUCGGCACAAAGAAGAAGGUUAGUAUUGGAGUCAUAUCACCAUACAAGGCUCAAGUUUAUGCAAUUCAAGAGAGGGUGAAAAAAUACAGUAAAAAUUGUGACGCUCGAUUCUCCGUAAAUGUGCGGUCUGUUGAUGGGUUCCAAGGUGGUGAAGAGGAUGUGAUAAUUAUCUCCACUGUCAGAUGUAAUGUGAAUGGUUCAAUUGGUUUCUUGUCCAACCGUCAAAGGGCAAAUGUUGCACUUACACGUGCACGGUAUUGUCUUUGGAUAUUGGGGAGUGCGUCGACCUUGGUUAACAGUGACUCUAUCUGGACGAAGCUAGUACUUGAUGCCAAGGGACGCAAUUGUUUUCACAAUGCUGACGAGGACAAGAACUUGGCACAGGCUAUUGCCAUUGCCCUGCUGGAGCUUGACCAAUUUCAUGGUCUACUUAAUAUUGAAUCUCUGCUGUUCAAAAAUGCAAGAUGGAAGGUUUGCUUCACUGAUCAAUUUGAGAAAUCCAUAGCAAAGAUAAAAGACAAUUGGGUUCAACGAGAAGUGUUUAAUCUACUAACGAAGCUUUCAAGUGGAUGGCGUCAAGCACACAAGGCUAAGGGAAUGAUAGUUCAUGACGGGACUUCUUCUCAACUGUUAGAGACGUAUAAAGUCAAUAGGCUGCUGAAUCUCAUUUGGACUGUGGAUAUUAUUCAAGAGAAUUCAGAUUACAUUCAGGUGAUGAAGGUUUGGGCUAUCGUGACAUCUUCAGAUAUACCUAGACUAGCAAAGCGUCUUGACGUCAUUUUUGGGAGUUAUACAGUGGAUACGAUGAAUCGUUGCAAACACAAAUGUAUUGAUAAGGGCACUGCUAUUCCAAUGAGAUGGCCGGUGGAUUCUAGUAGUUACCAUGAAGCUGAUCCUGUGGAGUUCCUUUCAAAGCCGCUAUCGUCCCUCGGUCUAACAGAUAAACCUGAAACAUCAACAUCAGCUUCUGGGGAGGCUAUCAAAACAGAGAAACAGUCUACACAACCCAAAAGCCGUUUGAAAAGUCAUGCUAAACAAAGAAGGCAAUCACCGAACGUAGAGGUUGGAGUCUGGAGACCGUGUGUUCUUUAAGGUUAAGCCAUGUUAUGGAAUUAAACUGUUUGGCAACGGCAAAAAACUUGCUCCCCGUUUUAUUGGACCUUUCGAAGCUUUGAAGCUAGCUGGUGAUGGUGAGGUUUCUUAUAGAUUAGCUCUUCCACCUUACCUAUCUAGUAGUAUCUAUGAUGUGUUUCAUAUAUCUGCCUUAAAGAAAAACAUUGCUGUUGUUUCACAUGUUUUGAAUUGGUACAAUCUGAGCAUUCAAAAACAUCUGUUGUGUGACGAGAAACCGUGAAUUGGUACAAUUUGAGUGUAUCCUGCUUAAUGAA